GGCCUAGCUACCAAAGGAGGAGGAAGAAGAAGCUCUCCAACCUUUCUCCAUUGCUGCAACUCGAGCUCAAGCAAGAGAGGUCCAAAGAGUGGGAUUAAAGAAGGAAAAAGGCUAGGAAAAGUGUGUAAAUUAAGGAACUUGUGAAAGGUAUUUCAAGUGAUUUCACAAAGUUGGAAAAGUCGCCGGAGUUGUCGCCGGAGUUGACCGAAAGUCGCCGGAGUUUCACCGGAGUUCAACCAAGAGGGGUAGAACUUCAUAACGCUAGUUCAAGGUUGAAGCUAGAGCUUGCUACUUGCACCUUCUCACGGGUGAUAUCAAAUCAGGGAGACGUGAAAUUGAGGGCAGGCGAAUGAGGACCAGGAACAAUCCGAGGGGGCAGGCGCCGGUAGCAUCCCAAAGGGGAAGCCGGGCUGCAUCUCGGGGUUCGAGAGGAGGCCGGGGAGGCCGUGGAAGCCGUGGAGGUCAUCAAGCUCAAACUGUGAGUGAUGGCCAUGUGAGCUCGGUGUAUGAGACCAACACCGAAGACUACGACUCAACCUACGUGCCAGAGACGGAGCAUGAAGAGACCCCGUAUGAUGGGGGUGACACGUACACCGAUGAUGAUGAUGAAGAGAGUGAUGCCAAGUUCGCCCAAAUGGGCGAAUUGCUUGAAUGGUAUCAAAAAGAAAAAUUGAGGAGGGACCUUAGGCGCCAAGCGAGGCGUGGCUCUCGCGGUGGUUCGGGUCAAGGAAGCCGGGGAGCUUCCGUGGCCACCCCAGCGGCGUCACAAGGUGGGCGUGAAGGAGGUUUUGUCGUGAGAAUCUCCAAGUACCUCAAGGAGGCUAGGGCCUUGGGGUGUAGGUCCUUUGACGGCACCGGUGACAUUACCGUUGCCGCCGAUUGGAUCAAGAAGGUGAAGGAUGCAUCAAGGGACAUGCAAAUCACACCGGACGUGAAGUUGACUGUCGCUUCACGGCUCCUUGAAGGGAUAGCUUCUACGUGGUGGGAGAGCGUGGAAGGGAAGUACCAUGGGGAAAUAACAUGGGCGGACUUUGAGCUAGAGUUCUAUGCUCAAUACUACUCCGAGUACGAGGUGAAUGUGAAACGGAGAGAGUACACUAACCUCAAACAGAAAGAGGGCGGCACAGUUAAGCAACUGGAACAAGAGUUUAGAACCUUGGCUAGGUUCUUGCCGGAGUACGCGGUUGAUGAGAACCGCAUGACGGAGCACUUUUGGGAUGCCCUACUCUUGGACAUCCGUGACCGAGCUACGUACUCGCGCCACAUGACCUUCAGCG